AUGAUAGAGAGCGAGAAACAAAUAAACGUCGUGACUGACGGGAAGUAUAAUCGCAACGGUCCAAAGUGGCAAAUGAACCGCGGUAACGGAGGAGCGCAACGUGAUAUGCAACCGGCUAAGUCCACUACAAAAUGUUGGCUUUGUGGUGAGGGGCACUAUGCUCAAAAGUGCACGUAUAGAAAUUACAAGUGCAGGCAGUGUCAAAAAUAUGGUCAUAAGGAAGGGCACUGUGGGGCAGCGGCACGUUUUAUCGCAUCGAAAACCCACAGCAAAGUGAGAACAGUCCUCGUGAACAUGGUCAACAGUAAGGGCAAAGGUCACGUGAACGUGAUAUUGAAUGGUGAGCCAAUGAAAAUGAUGGUGGACACGGGCGCUGAUAUUUCGAUUAUAUCAAUCGAGCAAUGGAGGACCAUAGGACAGCCUCCAUUGUGCCCGCCAUCCGUGAAGGCAAAAACGGCUUCGGGUAGCCAACUGAAAAUCCUAGGAGAAUUUUGUGCUCAUGUGGCUUUGAAGCAGCAAGUUAAACGAUGUACGAUGAGAGUCACUGAGGAGCCGCUGAUGUUACUAGGUGCUGAUUUGAUGGAAGUUUUUGGAUUGUGGGAUGUUCCAUUGGCGUCGGUGUGCAAUCGUGUGUGUGUAGCAACGGUUAGUCUAGAGGCAGUAAAAAGGGAUUUUGAAGGAUUAUUUUCCCACGAGUUGGGGCACUGCAUGAAAGCAAAAGUGAGGAUGGAGCUGAAAAAGGAUGCAGCCCCUGUAUUUCGUCCAAAGCGUCCUGUUUCAUAUGCGAUGCGCCCCGCUGUAGACGAGGAGCUAGACCGGCUGGAAAAAGAAGGUAUAAUAACCCGUGUUAAUUUUUCAACUUGGGCUGCGCCUAUAGUGGUAGUGCGCAAGGCGAGUGGAAGCAUUCGUAUAUGUGGCGACUACUCAACGGGGUUGAAUGAUGCACUCCAGCCUCACCAGUAUCCGAUCCCGCUGCCGGAGGAUAUUUUUUCAACGUUGGCAAAUUCGGCCAUGUUUAGCCAGAUAGACCUCACCGAUGCGUUCCUACAGGUUGAAGUGGAACAAGAGUGCAGAGAGCUGCUAACGGUUAACACACACAGAGGGUUAUAUGCUUAUAACCGACUUCCGCCUGGGGUGAAGGUCGCACCAGGAGCCUUCCAGCAGUUAAUGGAGACCAUGCUAGCUGGGUUAAAGGAUGUGGCGGUGUACCUAGAUGACAUCGUGAUUGGCGGAACGGAUGAACACACCCACAUGGGAAACCUACGCGCGGUGCUCGUGAAGAUGCAGGAAUAUGGGUUCAAAAUAAAGCCUGAAAAGUGUAACUUUUUCCAAAAGCAAAUUAAAUAUCUUGGUCAUAUUUUAGAUCGUGAUGGACAACGCCCGGAUCCUGCCAAGAUUGAAGCGAUUGUGAAGAUGCCUUCCCCGAAGAAUCCUGCUGAAGUACGCUCAUUCCUAGGAGCGAUAAACUAUUAUGGGAAGUUUGUGCCGCAAAUGAGGAAUCUUCGUUACCCGCUUGAUGAGCUAUUAAAAAAAGAUGGGCAAUGGUAUUGGAGUCCAGAAUGUCAGAUUGCAUUUGACACGUUUAAGCGGUUGUUAAGCUCAGACCUCCUUCUGACUUAUUAUGACCCAAAGAAACCGAUAAUAGUGGCAGCUGAUGCGUCGUCAGUGGGAGUAGGAGCCACUAUUAGCCACAGAAUGCCAGAUGGCACGAUAAAAAUAGUUCAGCAUGCAUCACGCGCUCUUACUAAAACUGAAACAAACUAUAGUCAGCCAGAUCGUGAAGGAUUAGCAACAAUUUAUGCGGUGACUAAGUUUCAUCGAAUGAUCUUUGGGCGACGUUUCACGCUCCAAACGGAUCAUGCACCCUUGCUGCGUAUUUUUGGCUCGCGCUCUGGAAUACCAGUGUAUACCGCGAAUAGAUUGCAACGCUGGGCGUUGACGCUGCUGCUGUAUGAUUUCAGCAUUGAAUACGUAUCUACGGAGAAAUUUGGUAAUGCUGACGUGUUGUCGCGCUUGAUUGCAAAUCAUGAGAAACCGGAUGCAGAAUAUGUUAUUGCUAGCAUCGAAACAGAGAGGGAUUUGCAAGCCAUGAUUGGCUGCGUAACGCAAAUAAUGCCAUUGACAUUAGAAGAAGUGCUGAAUGAAACCAACAAAGACCCGGUAUUAAGAAAUGUUAGAGAUUAUGUGAUUAUGUAA